UUGCCAUGGUUUAAUCCUAAGAGUAGAGUAUAUUUGAAGGUAAGUGAGCCAGUUGCUGCUAUGAAAUUUAGUAUAAAUGACAAAGUUUUGAUUAAGAAAAAUUUCAACAAAAAAGGAUAUACUUGGGUAUUGAGUAGAGUAACAAAAAAAAGCUUUAGUAAUUUAUUUAGCCAAAGUUAAGGAAAAUAUACGAAAAGUACAUCUUAAUCAAACGAAGAAAAGUUAUUUAGAUGAUAGUCUUCACCCAACUAAAUCUUUAACAUAUAGGGAAGACGUUGGUUUUAGUAAUUUGGACUUAAAUUUGAAUUUGACGACCGAUACCCAGAAAGAGUGUGAAAGGUACUUGACAGCUAUCAACCUUGGUUGAUAUUAUUUAAAAUAUAAUAUAAUAUGGUCAUUAAUAAUGUUAAGUGUUAAAUUAGUUUUAGAUAAAAUAUGUUUUAAGCCACCUUGUUAAUAUUUCAUUUAGUUUAGAGUAUUGUUAAUUGAUUAUGUACAACUAGGAAUAAGUUCUUUUUUUUUUUUUUUUUAAAAAAAGAGUAAUAUUAUGUUAGUGGCAGCCCCAUACCUCCCUGUUAUCAUUGUAUGACUUAUCAUACCUUCAUAGGAUACUUUAAAUAUGUUGUUUUAUGCGAAAUGUAAUGUAUACCUAUUGUGUCCACUAAACAUGUCUACUUUUAUUUAAAUCCAUCUACCCACAAAUACAUAAUAAUAUAUUUGGAUACGAUAAUUUUAGGGUUUUGUAUUGAAAUACAUGAUUAGUGAAGUUGGUAGAGUUAUAUGUUGUCGAGUGGCUUUAUGAAAAUUUAAAUUCCUAAAAUGUAUACUCAAUUAUAAAAUUGGUAUGGUGGAUUUUUGUCGGGUGUCAUUUGGUCGGAUUGUGAUUCAUAAAUGAUGAUUGCGUGGCUUUAUGUCAGAUGGUUUUUUUGUCGUGUUUUGGUAAAAACCUAUAGAUAACAAAUAUAUUAUCAAUGUUAAACCCAUGGAAAUUAAACAUCUGUUUGACAUUAUAAUAUUCUAUUAUAUAUCUAUGGCAUAUGGUUCGACUAUUUAUUUUGUUAUCUUUUAUCUAUUAAUUGUUUUAAUAAACCGGUUCAGAUGUUACUAUUUGUAUUUUGUAUUCAAGUUGGUUUAACAUUUGAUGUUUCUUUCUUGUAUUAAUAAUUUUUUGCUAAUUUAUUAACAUGUUAAUUUUAACGCACAACUUAGGCAUAAACUGACCUCUAUUAUUCAAGUAUGUAUUUAUAACCUUGGAGAAUUAAUACAUUUUAGUUAGUUUAAUUUUAAGUUUUAAAGAAUGGGUUAUAAAAUCAGAAUUUAAAUUGUAUUUUGGCUACAAAUUAUAAUAUUAUUAGUUUUUACUUAAGUGUAACAACAACUAUCACAUUCAACUCUAAAAUCUAAGCGGAUCUUAGAAUUAAAAUUAAAAUGUUUAUUUAUUCUCUCUGUUUUUCAAUUUUUCAUAAUUUUCAGGAUAUUGAACUGAAGAAUUUGUUAUUAAAUAGAUUCAAAAAUAUAUGAGAUACUGUAGUACCCAUAUAGGUAUUUUAAAAAUAGAAAAUGUUAGGUGUAUAUGCAGUGAAUCAAAAAAAAAAAAAUUAUAUAAAUAUUAAUUCAAUUAGAGUAAUAAUCAAACAGAGUAGUUAAAUAUAGAAAACUUGAAAAACAACUUUUAAAUAUAACUAAGUAGACUUUAAACUUUUUAAGACAUUUAAAUCCAUUACAUCUCCAAAUGGUCUUUUUUUGAAUCUAUUUUAAUUUUUACAGAAGUUCCUAUAUUUUUAAGACUUUAGUUGCUUAUUUCAAUUAUAAAGAGAGGGAAGAAACUAUUAGUUUGAUAGUGCUAUAGUGGUGUGAUUUAUUAUUGAAAAAUAUUUCAUCCAGUAUAUUACUAGAUAAAUAAUUAAAAAAUAUCACUACUUACAGAGGUUAUUUGUUUUUGUAAUUUUUUUAAUCAUUUUGACUAAUAUACAGUUCAUUUGGUAGGUAACCGUAGUUUUUUUCAGAAUAAUAUUUUUCAAAUUUAAUAAUACGUUUUUACUAAAAGAGUCCAUCUUCAAGUAUUUAUACAAAUUAGUAUAAUGAAAAAUCAUAAUUAAAUUUAAAAAAUUAGCUACUUUGUUCUAAUCUAUUUUAUAAAAUAUUUUUGUAGGAAUUUCCCUACAAAGUGUUAUGUCAUAAUAAACAUUUAAAAGAUGCCAGGAAAAGUAAAGGUACGUGUGUUGGCUGGUCGAAAUUUGCCAGUCAUGGACCGAUCAAGUGAUACUACUGAUGCCUAUGUUGAAGUUAAACUUGGAAGUACAACAUAUAAAACAGAUGUAUGUAGAAAAUCAUUAAAUCCUCAGUGGAAUUCUGAUUGGUAUAAAUUUGAAGUGAGUCUUUAUUUAUGAUAAUUAUACACAUUUAAUUUUUUUAAAUAUAUUAAUUAUAUUUAUUUAUAUAAAUGAAAAUAGUUAGAUGAUAUCGAGCUUCAAGAUGAACCUCUUCAAAUUAGAAUCAUGGAUCACGAUACAUAUUCUGCUAAUGAUGCAAUUGGAAAAGUGUAUUUUAAUUUAAAUCCAUUACUUUUGCCACAACCAACAAAUAUUCAACUAUCAGGCCAACAAGCUUUAGGUGACACUAUGAUUUCAAAUCAAAGUCAAACAACAGGUAAAUAUUUUAGGCAUUUUAUACAUAGGUUAUAAGUAACUAUUAUGAGUGUACUUACUGUGUUUUUAAUUUAGGAGGGUCUGUGGUAUCUGGAUGGUUUCCUGUUUUCGAUACAAUGCAUGGUAUUCGUGGUGAAGUACAUAUCAUUAUAAAAGUAGAACUUUUCUCAGACUUUAAUAGAUUUCGUCAGUCUUCAUGUGGAAUUCAAUUUUUUUACUGUACGUGUUUGUUUCUGCGUUAUUUAGAAUUAAGGAGAUUUUUUAACUUAAUUUAUUUGUUUUAUAGCUGGAGCUGGAAUAACAGCACACACCGAAUGGGUGCAUGGAUUUGUAGAAGAGUUAGUGGUUGAAGAUGAUCCUGAAUACCAGUGGCUUGAUAAAAUUCGUACACCUCGUGCCACUAAUGAAGCAAGACAAACCAUAUUUCUAAAGCUUUCUAAUGAAGUACAGCGACGUAUUGGCUUAAAAGUUUUGGAGUUAGGAGCAAAUGCUGUUAUUGGGUUAGUUGUUUAAUUAUGUUAGAUUAUAAUUAGAUUUUUUAAUUUAAUAAGGUAUGCUCAGUGGACUAAAAUAUCUUGUAUGUUUGAAAAUUUUACAAAUUUAAUAUUUUUCCAAAUGUUUUAAAAACUUAAUAUAUGAUUUUGUACAUUAUAUCAAUAAAAAUAUAAUUUGUAAAAAUCAUUUUAUUACUUUAAUUUACAGUUAUAAUCAAUACUUUGAUUUGGAAGGGGAAUCUGGGAUUGUUGUUCGUGGUAUUGGAACUGCGGUUACAUUAGUACGACACUUGACAUUACCAUCAAUAAAUUUAAAUUUACAACCAACGAUUGACGAGUAAGUUAAUUUUUACUGAAAAUAGAAAAUUAUUUAUUUAUUAAUUAGUAUUUUAAAAUAUAUUUAAGCAUCAGUGGUGUAACUAAGGUUUAUAAAGAUAUAGAUAUUAAAUUUAUCUAAGGUGAAAUCAAUAUUAUUAAGUAUUAUUACUGCUAAUCCAGCCAACUACAUUUAGCUAAUUGUAUAAUAUAAAUAAAUACAGUUAUUAGGUAUAUUAAAUAUUCUCGUUCUUCUUCAGUUGAUAAUGGUCUACUUAGUACCAUCACUACUUCUAAUAUGCUUGUCCAUUUUUCACAAUCCAUGGAUUUGCUCUCAAGUUCAAUAAUGCACUGAUUUACUUUUUAUAGUAAAAUUAUAUUAAAAGGAAAUAAUUUAUCAAAAGUAAUACUAUUGUAUUAAACAAAAUUACACAUAAUUUCAAAUUAUGAUUAAAAUAUUAAACUAAUUUGUUCAAUUAUUUAUCAUUUAUCUAAAGAUAAACCUUAUUAUCCGAAUUACCUUAUAUAACUUAUUAUUUGUAUUAUUAUAUAAAUUUGAAUAAUUGCUAAAAAAUAUAAUAUAUUUUUAUUACCUAAACCACAUUGCUGGUCUAUAUGGGUUAACAAAAAUUAAUUUUUUUACUUACAACUUUUGGCAAGGCAAUAAAAGAACUUUAUGUUAAACAUAUUGUUGAUUACCUACUUUUGUUAUUAUGUUCAAAAAUAAUAAGUUUAAUUAUUUUGUAGAUUAAAUUAUAAAAAUAUAUUAUUUUUACUCUUUAAAUAAGAAAGGUUAUUUAAUUUACUAGUUAAUAAUUUAAAAUAAUUUACUUGGGCAGCCUUGAAAUAAUUAAGGUCAAGUUACUCAAGUUUAAAAGCAUAACUUAGCCACACAAAAGAAAAUGUAUGAAUAAGUAAUAAAUUAAUUUUAAAUAUAUUACAACUUUGUUGUCUUAACCCUAUAAAGUGCUAUCUAAAUAAAUAUAUAUUUAUAUUAUUAUUGAGUAUUAAUUGUUAUUAAAUAUUUUCAAAAAUAUAUUAAUUAUUUUAUUUUUGUUUUAACUGUUUGAAGUUUGGACUUUUCUAACUCAUUUAUACAAACUGAUAAUACUAGUUCAAUUAUUAACAAAAGUAAAAAAUCAUACUCAAUUCGUAAAAUGUCUCCAUAUCUUUUAAAAUCAAAUACUGUAGACUUUGCUGAAUUAUCCAGCAUGAAAAGUUUAUUUGAUCAAGAAGAUAUGCGUGCUUCAAGUUUUAAAAGACAAAAUAAAUUUUUAAAAGCUAUCACUUUCCAAAAUUCUUAUCAAAAACAUAAAAAAAAACAAAUUUGCUCUGCAUCUAUCGAAUCUGCUAGUUCAUCAUCUGAUCACGACAGACAUUAUAAUACUUGUAGUUCAGCUUUAGCAUUCUUAGCUCAAGCUACAUUAGAUUUUAAUUCAUCUUUUGACUUACCAUCAGAGUCAGAAGAGGUACAAAUUCACAGUUCAAGAAAACAGUUAUUCAGACAACCUAGUGUUGAUACAAAUUGCUCAAAAUUAUCAUUAGAAUAUUUGUUUCAUCAAAAUCAUCAGGGAUUAGAAGAAAGUAAAAAAGCUGUACCUAACUUAAUGUUACCUUCCUCUAAUUCAUUGAAUUCGGCUUCUGAUUCAACAGCAGAUUCAGAUAUGGCUAUUGGAUUUGAUGUAACAAAACUUAAGAUUCGAGAUUUAUCUCCUUGUGUAUCUGAUAAUCCAACCUAUUAUUCAGAUUCGUCAAAUUCAGUAGAUUCAGAUUCAGUAGAUAUUGUGAGCACAAAUUCAGAAUCUGUAUUUCCAAAACUACAUACACCACCAUUAUCAAGAAUAAUUUCUUCAGACAGACCCAAUACUCCUCCAAUUUCCAAAAUUGUUUAUUUGAGCAACAUUAAACCAAGUUUUCAUAGUCCUUUAACAGAUUUAUGUGCAUCCAGAAGCGUGUCGCCUUAUAACUCUAGUAGUUUUAGUAAUUCACAAAGUACAGUUUUACACAACACGCCGCCUUUGCCAUUGAUUUCUAAUACUGAUGUUAAAUGUAUAAUUAACAAUGAACCCAGUUUAAUUAAACUCGAAGAAAAUGUUUGUCCUGUUUUCUCUGAUAAUAUAACUGCAUCCGAGUGUUCUUCGCAUGCUUUUAACUGUGAUGACAGGAACAUCGAAACAGCCGAGUCACCUGGCAAAGUCACACACCUUUCAAUGCAUCGAAGGUCAUCAGACUCCGAAAUCAAUAAUGCACCAAAAGGUAAUAUAUAUCUAGGUUCGUUGUUUUGUUUUCCAUACUAAAUGUGUGUACCUAUGUAUAUUGUCUAGAUAUGUUAUGGAUAUCAAUUUGUUGUAUAUAAGUAUCUAAAAUUUAGUCAAGAUAAAUUCUAGAUUAUCUAAUUUAGAAUUAUUCUGAAAUGACUAGGUAUGUUGUAUUCAAUCAAGUAUUUAAAUUAUUAUUAUUAUUAUAGGUGAUAAUUAUUAAAACUUACACAAUUAUUUUAUUCACAGAAUUUCUCUAAUUAGUUUUAAAUUAUUUAAAAAAAUCAGAUUUAAUUAUUUGAAUAUUUGUUCUCAUUUUCACCUUUAUACAAAUGGGGUUAGCUACACAUAUUCUGACUCACAAAUAUCCUUACACAUUUUUUUCAUUUAUUCCACAUGUUCUAAUAAUCUCUUAAUAUAUGAUUCUAACUGAGUAUCUAACUAAUCAAUUUAUUGCAAAGUAAGUAUAAUUACAUUUCAAAUUGUUGUGUUUUCAUGAUUUUGAUUAAAAUUAUUUAGAGGUAUUUUUUAAAUAAUUUGAUUUUAUACAAGUUUUUGAAUGAUUAAAUUAUAAUUUUUUGAAUAUACUUACAUUAUUUUAAUAAAUCUAUACUAAAUAAAGAAACUGUUGCAUAAUGAGUACUAUUUUGCUGUAUACUUAAUUAACUUAAAAUAUUAUAAAUGUUUAUGAAAACUCCAAAUGACCAAAGAAGCCUAUGCUCCAUGCUUAAUGUGAUCAUGUGGUAUUAUUUAUAUUAGUUUAGGUAGGUUAGAAAAAAAUGUAAAUGUUAAUAGAAGGUAAAAUUAAAAAAUUAAAAAAUUAAAAUGUAUCACUCUGAAAUAUAAAUUUUCUAGACCAAUUUUACUUUGAGGAGAAUUUAGCUUAAUUUAAUAUUUUUAAAAUGAGAUCGUAUAAGUUGUACACUAUUAAAAACUAAUUAAUAAAAUCCUAACUAAAUAUUUUUUUACAAGAAUAUUUGUAGUAUAAUGUUUACAUUUUACUAUUAAAUGUAUGUAAUGAAUUAUGUAAAACUUAAUUACAGUAAGAAUUAUAUUAACUGACUGUGUACCUAUAUAUUUUGAAAUAAUUUUUCUGGUAUAUUUUUAAUUCCCAGUGAUGUAGUUAGGUUUUUUUGACGGGGUGUCUAUCUAAAUCUACCUAAUUUUUUGUAAAUAGGAAACAAUUUCCAGUGGUCAUUGAAUGAAACUUCCAUAAAUAUAGAUCAAGUAGGGUUGUCCACACACUCAAAACAUCCUCAUUAGUUGUGCUACUGAUAACAUUAUUUAAAGCAGCUGAGCAUGGUACUCAUAUUGGUUAAUUAUAUGUAUUAUAUUAUUAUAUUAUACUCAACAAUUUUUUUUUCGGAACAUUUAUUAUUAUAUCACACAUGUUACUAAUUCAAUUGAUUCGUAUAUCUAUAAAAAAGGUUAUUUAAAUAUGUACUUAUUUCAUUAUUAUAAGUACUCGUUUAUUUAUAUCCUUCAAUUAUAAUUUUAAAUCUUAUCAACUAAUAAAAAUAAUGAUUUUACUGUAUCAACUUAUUAUAUUAUGAAAUACGAAUAAAACUUGCUUAUUAAAGAUUAAUAUAUUAUAUUUAAUUAUAAUUUAAUGAAGAAUAAUAUAUUGUAAGAUUUGACUUAGUUUAAAUAUUUGGGCUCCAUUGUCUGCUUGACAAAAGUGCCUGUAAAUAAAAAAAAUAUUUCCAAUAGAGAGGCGCCAACAUUAAAAAUUCAACUGUUUUUUUUUUUGUUUGCUUUGUAAGUUAAAAUCUAUUAAAUGACUAAAGAACUUUAUAUAAAAUUAUAUUCAAUAAUUAUAAGAAUUAAGAAACUAAUUAGUAUAUUAUUUAAUAAAUCAAUUUAAAUUAGUAUAGUUUCCAGCAAUUUAUGUAACACAUUUUAUAUAAGGGUGUAACACGAAGAUUUGACAUUUGAGUGUUAUAACUGUUAAAAAGGGUUAACAAUUAAUUGAUACAUUUUAUAGGUAAUAGUUUGACAGGAAGCGGAAGUUCGGCUGUUAGUUCUCAUCGAGCACAUGGACACACAAUGUUUCACAGAUCAAUUUUAAGCAAAGAUACUUUGGAUGCAAUGGAAUAUCCAUUUCUUACAAUGACCAAAUAUCCUCCUGGUUUUAUUAUACAUCUAGGUUGGGUAUUGGUUUCAAAAAUAGUAGCUCAAAAUCUUAAAAUUAUAUUAAUUUAUUUUAGGUGGAAUGGUAAAUGCUAAAUCAGUUAAAUUACUUGAACGUAUGUCAAACAUGGAAGAACCAGAAAGUAGAGAUGCUUGGUGGAGCGAAUUAAGACUUGAGAUGAGGUCCCAUGCAAGAGCUUUAUCUUGCAAUGUUAUUCUGGGAUAUUCAGAAAAUACUGCAAUGUGGUAAAAAAAAAGAAACUUCAUUAUUAUUUUUUUAAAUUAGCUCAUAUUCUUUUAUAAAUAGUUUCUGGUAAUUAUAGUCUAAUAACCAAUGGUUAUCAAACUAAAAUAAAUAGUAAUAAAAAAUCAUUAAUAUUUUGUUUGUAUUUUGCUACAAUAAGUUAGAUAGUUUAAAUGUAAUUGUUUAGAGAAUUGGAAAUUUGAUAAUCAGAUGAGUGUAUCACAGUUAGGUUAUUAUUUUUAUUGAUUUUUUGAAAAUUAAUGUACAUACCCUUUCCUCAAGAAAAUCUUAAAUAUAAUCCUGGGUUUAAAAUAUAUAUUUAAAAUCUCAGUAAUGAAGUAUAUAAUACUAUUCUUAUAUAUUUCUCAAAAUGUUUUUUUUUUUUUUUUAUAUAAACUCAAUAUUAAUUUAAUAGUACCAUUUUAUUUAUUAAAUAUAUAUAUUUAUUGUUUUACAGUGAUGACGUUUGUGUAUUAAGUGCAACAGGAACAGCUGCAGUUGUUAACCUUAUGCCAUCAGUUAAUACAGGUGGAUAUUUUUCUGGAAUUUAUCCUAGUGCACCUCUUGCAGAUAUUCCAGAACCUACAACCUCAAAUGCAUACGUGCGUUAAUAAAUAUUUAUUUUUUAUAUCUGUAAAUAUAUUUGCACAUUAAAUUAAUGAUAUAUUUAUAAAUUAAAUUAACAUAACUUGCAUUUGGCUUGAUGAGAAAAAAUGAUUUUAUUUUAUUUUUUAUUCUAAUUAAGAAAAUGAAGACAAUUGAAAUUUAGAAGUUUAAAAUAAAUAUCAAAUGAAAAUUACAAAAUCUAUUUAUAGAAUUCUAAUAUUUUAUAAAACAAAAUAUACAUGCAGGAAUAUAUACAGGUUUAAACUAAAAUAUAUCUUAAAAUCUUAAUCUGAGAGAAACCUUAUGCCUACAAUUUUUUUAUAAUCCAUAAUUUACAUUUUCUUGAAAAUGAACCAGUUAUUUUUGGAUUAUUUAAGAGUAUUUAUAUGAUUAUAAAGUCAGUUUUAUAGCUAAUAUAUUAGUUUAAAGGUUUUUGUUUUUAGGUUAAUUUGUUAAAUUAUAACAAAACUAAAAGGUCUAAUAUUUAUAUAUAAUAAAAUAAAACACAGUGUGUUUCUUUUUAAAGGUAAGUAACAAAAAAUAUUCCUGUUCAAUAACUUUGAAUUCAAAUGGGGUUUUCGGUAGAAUUUGAGGAAUAUUGAAGUGCAUAUUUUUUGACAAUUUUAAAAAUUUUAGCCUUUUUUUAUUGUGAGCAUUUAAAUUCAACUUGAAUUUUUUUAAAUGAUCACAUGCAUUUUAAACACCAGAUUUGGAUAAACAAAAUGUUUUUAAGUUAUUUUGACUUUUUGAUCAUGGCUUAAAACCAAAAUUGACUGAAUGACAAUGAGUUUUACUAUCAAAUUAAAUCUAUUAAUUUAUUAAGAGAACUUAAACAAUUUGACACAUUUUCUGUAAUUGCUAUUAUUUAUUUUAGAAAUGAUGAAUAUAAAAUUAUUUAACAUCAAUCUUAUAAAUUAUUCAAAUUUAGCCAUCCAUAUCCAUUCAUGACUGCAGUGUGUCCAUUUCCCAAUUUUGUCAACUUGUUUAAAGUUGUCUUAAUAAAUUAAUUGAUUUAAAUUGAAUGUUUAAAAGGUCAAAAUCAAAAAUUGGUUUAUUCGAAUCUGUUUAAAAUACAUGUUUCCAUUUAAAAAAUUCAAGUUACAUUGCAAAUAUGUUUAAUAAUCAGGCUGAAAAUUAGAAAAUCUUCAACAAAUUUUUAUUUGAGUAUUCCUUAGCUCCUGAAACCCCAUUUCAAUCCAUUUCACAGUUUUCACAAAUUUCACAUUUUACCAUUUCACAGUAUUUAAUCUAAAUAUAUUUUAGUAUUGACUUUUUUGAUUUCUGUUGAAGCGAAUUCAUUUUUAAAUUUCAAUAGGUUGCUAUUUGAAAAUUAAGUUUUGAAUUAUUUCAUUAACAAAAAAUAAUGGCAAUGGUAUAUUUUAAAACAGUUUGUUUCUGUCAAACUAUUUUUUAGUUUUUUAAAAAUUCAAUACUUUGCAAAAUAAUGAAUGUUGUACAGUUAAAUAAAGAAUCACCUUGUAUAAUAUGUACAUAAUAUUUUUAAAGGCCAAUUUUUAUGUGUAAAAGAUAAUUAAGAAUUUUAUAUAUUAACUGCAUAUAAUUAUAAAAUAUUGAUUAAUUUAUAAAAUUAUAAAUAUUUAGUUUAUUCAAGUUAUUAUAAAAUUAUUUUUUUAUCUUACAAAAUUAGUAAAUAAUAAAAUUUGUUUUAGUCAUGUAAUAGUAGAACUUAUAAGCACUCAAUAAGUAGUAGUCAUGAAAAAUUGGAUUCGUCACCGUGUUCUAUUUGUCAUAUACCAUAUAACGACCAUAGUGUACCAUUUUCUAUGAAUAUGAAAUAUUGCUCCACAUGCAAGUAAGAAAUAAAAUAAAAUAUUUUUUUCAUAUUUUUCUGCGUUAUAUACAGAUCCACUUACAUUAUGAAUUAUAUUUUGUGUUUACAGGCGACAUAAAGUACCCCAUAUUCUGUUAUCUUCAUUGGAACCUAUGGAAAGACUUACUAUUAGAGGUACUGGAACUCUAUUACAAACUUUUGUUUGUCGUACUAAACGUGAAUUAAAGGGCGAAAUGAAUGCCAAAGAAAUAUCAGAUGGUUUACCGUUUCUCGAGUAUGAACUUCAUAGUCAGUUAUUAAAUAAAUUAAGGGUGAAAGGAAUGAAUGCUAUAUUUGGUCUUAAAGUAAAUAAAUGAGCUGUAUUAUAUUUAUCAACAUAGCAAUUUUUAAUUUAAAUUUUUUUUUUUAGAUUCAAGUGUGCCUUGGUGAACGAGUAGUAUCAUUACAUGCUACUGGAACUUCUAUGUACAUUACUUGCUUACCUGAACCACCAUUACCAAUAGUAAAAGCUGGUAAAUCUUGGGCUCACCCAGAUCAACAACAAGUGUUACGGGCUCAAAAAUUACUCAACGAUGCUGUGGUUAAUAAUAGACAACAUUAUCAUCUUGUUCAAAAAGUAAUAUUAUCUAUUUAAACAUAAUAUUAUUAUUUAUUAAUAAUAUGAUAUAUCAUUAUUAUUCUAUUUACAGGAAGACGAAUCAGAAAAUAUUUCUUAUACUAGUUCUGGAAAAGUAUUACCCGAUAUUAAUUUGAGUUAUGGAAAUAGAGACACAUGCAUUUUGGAAGUAUGAAUAUUUAUUUUAUAUUAUUAUUUUAAUACAAAAUUACACUAUAAUGGUACAUUAAUGGUACAAAUACAAAAUUAGUAAUUUAAAUAAUGCAUUUUUGAUAUUUUUAGUAACCUAUGAUAAACAUUGUAUUAACCUUUGAACAUUUUUGUGUUCCUAAUAUCAUUUUAUCUAUAAAAACAAAUAACCUGAGCAUUUGAAAUAGUCAUAAAUAAGUCAAAAACCGUUAGAAUAUAUUGAAAAUUGUACCACCCCCAAAAAGUUGUAAUAUAAUUGUUCGGUAAAUAUUUUAUAAUUAAUUUUAACUAAAACAAAACAAAAAAUCCAAAUUAAAACUUAUAGGAAUUACUUUUGCAUACAUUUUCCUAGUUUUUCCAAACUAUUAGGAAUCCUUUAAGGAAAAUGACCUCCGUAAUGUAUAAUUAGACAUAAUUUCCUACUAGAAAUUACCUCUGAAAUUGAUGAUUGGUAUCAAAAUUUCUAGUUGAAAAAUUGUUUAUAGAUUAAAAAAAAUAGAUGUCCUAGGAAAUGGGGACGGGUGUAGCCACUGUUAUAGAUAAUUUAAUGUAUACCUGUAAGCAAUGAUAUAAACCAUUGCUUACGAAAAAACGAUUCUGAGCAGAGUUCAGUUGAUAGUGAUGCUUUGUCAACAAUAUACAUGCUAUAUUAUAGUAAAAUAAUUAAAUAGGCUUUAUAUAUUUUCUUUAAUUAUAUUUGUUUAAUGUUGUACUGAUUAUCCCAGUUUUCCCAAUUUUGCGCAUUUGCUGAGAAAACUUUGAGGAAAAUGGAAAAGCAACCCCUGUAAAAUACCUCCCCAGUAAAAUUUCCUUUCAGAAACAUUGCUAUCAUUAAAAGUUGGAGCAAAAUUACUGGUAAAGAACUUGUCCACAGAAAAUAAAAAAAAUAAACAUAUUUGUAGAAACAUAAGCUUCUUUGCUCCACUCAGAAUUUAAAAAUAAAUUCCUAAAAAUCUAAAAUUUAAGGAGUUGUAGACUAAAUAUUACUUAUAGAAGUUUUUCUAUAGAACCGUAUUUUCCUGAAAUUUUUGUGUUUUGGGAAAUUAACAGGAAAUAUGGGAAACAAGAUUUUGGUAUUUGGAGAAUAGCUAGAAUAAAAAAUGAAAUUUGAGUGGAAAAAAAAUAUUUUUAAUUAGUUUGUCAAUAAUAUUUUUUUCUUUUAAAAACUAAACUAAUAAAAUAAAAUUAAUUUUCAUUAGAUGGAUGAUGCAGAAGACUUAGAUGUUGUAACUCAAUUGUUAGAGCCAACUCCUCCAGCAUCAUUCUUAUUAUCUAAUACAGAUGUUCUUCCUGGAACUGGUUCAGAAGUUUUUCCUAUGGAGCCUGUGUGUAAUCUUCAAAUGUUUACUCAGGUUUGGCGAUCUAAAGCACAUUACACUAAUGGAAAUUUUGACAAACAACUUCAAAGGAUGUUACAAGUUAGUUGUCUUUGCUACUCAAAACAAUUAAUUUAUUUAGAUAUCUUUAAAUUAAUAUUUUUCAGGGAUUAUUUUUUAAACUGAGAAGAAUGACACCAUGCGGAUUAGGAAAGCUGUCAUUUAAAAUUGAUAUUCCUGAACCAGAUGAACUUCAAAUAUCAAUUGUUGGUUAGCUAUCUUUGACAAUGUUUCAUUCCCAUUAAAUAAUGUAUUUAAUAAAAUAUUCAUAUAUUUAUUAAUUUAAUUUUAGGUAUGGCAUUAGGACUAGGUGAAUCAGAUAAAACAACUGCCAAACAAAUUUUGCGAAGAAGACAAUUACCUCUAAAAGAUUUUGAACAGAAAACAGGUAUUUUUACAACGAAUAAGUAAAAUACUUUUAUAUAUAUAUACAACCUAAUCGUUAUUUACAAUUUUUACAAAUUUUGUUUUUAUUGUAGUUUUAUUUAUAGUAAUUUAUAUAUUCAUUGGUGGAAACUAUUGGAUAAAAAUUAAUACUCAAUUUUAAUUUGAACUUUUAUUUUUUUUAGAAGAACUUAUUUUUAAGUUAGAAGAAGAUAUUUCAUUAAGUGUAGGAGAAAAAAAAGUGAGAAAAUUUGAACGAGCACCUCGACCAAAUAGGCUUUCUACACAUGUAAGAUAAAUUAUUUAAAUAUUUGUAAUAUACUAUAGUUAUUUAGUUUACCAUAAUUAUUCUAGAAAAAAAAAAAUGGUUACAUUUAUAAUAGAGUAAAUACGUUUUAGUUUUCUUAUGUGACUUUUGCAAUUUGGUAGUUGAAAAUCAUAAAAAUUAAAACAAGAAUUAAAAAUAUAAAUUUGUAUUUCUUAUCUUAAUAUGUAAAAUAUUUACAUUAUAUAUUUGAGUAAAACAAAUAUCCAUAAGUGUUCGAUAAAAUUACAGGCUGCUCCAAAAGAUCGAUAUGGUGUGGAUAUUACGCCAAUGACUUACAUACCUGGUGCUAAAAUUGAAAGAUAUUUAGGAAAUUUAAAUUUCUUUUUCAUACGCGAGAGCACGUGUAUUAGAGAAGUAAAAUAUAUCUAAUAUCACCAUUGUAUUUUUAAACAAUAAUUUCAUUUUAAUUGUAGAGUGGUGGUCUAAGUGGUUUUGUUCAUUGUUUUGUUGCUGAGGUGAUGGCAAUAGUACGUGCACAUGUAACAGCACUUGGUGGAAAUGCAAUGGUAGCAUACUUUAUGAAUGAAUGCAUUUUGCUUAAUAAUCCCCAUAAAAAUCAAGUGAGUUGUAUAUAAUUAUAGUAUAAAUAAUAAUAUUAAUAAUAAACUGAUAUUUGUGUAUAAUGUGAUUUAAAUUAUUAUUUUUUUUUUAAAUGCGUAUUUAUCACAAUUUUUUUUAGGGACAAUGUCUUCUAAAUGUUGGAGGUGAUGUUGUUGAAGUAUCAUACUUUAAUGACGAUUAAUUAUUUCCGUUUUUAUUACAUUUAGUCAUUAUACAUUGAUUUUUUUUUUUUUAAAUUAUUUUAAAUUGCUAGUACUGUCUACUAGAAAGUAUUAAUUUGUACACAUACUUAUUUUGUUCAACAAUUGUUAAAUGUUAGUAUAAUUAAUAAAAAUGACAACUGAAUUGAUUAAUUUAUAUUUGGAUUGAACUACUUAUAAUAUUGUUUAUUUGAUUUAUUAUUUUUUAUUUUUAUAAAUUUGAAUGUCAUUUGCCAAAAUUAAUAAUUAUUUUUUGCAAAAAAGUAAGUUAAUUUAAUUACAACAUUUAAAAAAUGUAUAUUCACAUAACAGUUUUCAGAUAAAAAUUAUUUUUAAAUGAUUUAAUGAUUAACAGGCAAAUAUAUAUUAUUUAAAUUAACUUACAAGCAAGUAGUAAUGAUACUAGAAGUUAUACUAGGUGUAUCUCAGGAUUGUUUUAUUGUAAACUAGCAAUUUAAACACUAUUUUAAAAUUAUAAAACCUGGAGCACUGUUUUUUGUAGUACCUAUGAAUAGUUAAGCUUUUUAAUUUUUAGAUAAAAUUUAAAUGUUUUAAAUCAUAGUAGUAAAAUAAACCAUAUUAUUUAUAUGCAUAAACAAGUCUAAGUUUAUACCCUAUCAUCAUCUUGUUAUUCUUAAAAUAAACAUUUUAGUGUUAACUGUUAAGGGAUUUGUUACUCUAUACACUCA